CAGUGUCGCCAAGAGAUGGUCAUAGCUCCCGCAGACCUUGGCGAUCAGUGUCCGUCAAAGCUAGGACUCACCAUCUUUCUGCGCAGACUGCAGAUGGUUGGGAAUGAGGUGAUCACUGAUCAGAAGAGUGUUGCGGUUUUAAUAUCAACAGGGGUUGGCAAAAGGAACCUUUUCUCUGUGCAACCCUACAGGCUGCCUUCGAAGUCGAUUGCAUGAAAUGCGGCCACCAGUAGCCAGAGCCGGCAGGCCGUUCACCUGCCUGCAAUGCCUUCUCCAGACCUCGCUCAGGCGCCCAGCCGCUCCUGCCCGUUACCGCCUGCGAAGGCCACAAGCAUCUUUACCAUCCGCUUUCUAUCAUGGCACGCGCGUGCGGCUACAAGAUGCGCCCACCUCAGCAGAGCACCAGCAGCCAGCUCCCGUCCGAGCACCAACCACAGCGCCGAAAGCCGUCCUCGACCUAAAGCACAUCCGCCAGAACCCGGACCUCUACGUACAGAACUGCCGCGAGCGCAACUACCACGCCGCCGCCGCCUAUCCGGCCCGCAUCAACGACCUCUUCGCCCAAUGGCAAGCCAAGCAGCGUGAGGGACGCGGCCUGCGGGAGCGGGGCAACUUCAUCCGUCGCCAGCUCGCCGACCCCGCGGGGACGGGGCGCGACAACGACGACGCCGCCGAGGAGGAAGCGGCGGCGCUCCGCUCGCUGUCGCGCGACCAGCUACUUGAAGAAGCACGCAAGAUCAAGGCCGAACUAAGCGCAAUCGAAGAAGCCGAGACGGCGCUCGCGUCGGAAAUGCAGCGCCUCGCGCUCGCCAUCCCCAACCUCACCAGCGACGCCACGCCGCGCGGCAACGACCCACUCGUACUGAGCUACAUCAACGACCACCCGGAACCGGGGCCGGCGCCAUCCGACCGCGUGUGGCGCUCGCACGCACACAUCGGCGCCGAGCUGGGCAUCCUAGACUUCGCGGGCGCGGCGGCCGCUUCCGGGUGGGGGUGGUACUACCUGCUGGACGAAGCCGCGCAGCUGGAGCAGGCGCUGGUCAACUACGCGCUCGCGGCGGCCACGCGCGCCGGCUGGCGGCAGGUCAGCCCGCCGAGCAUGGUGUACUCGCACAUCGCGGGCGCGUGCGGGUUCCAGCCGCGCGACCAGCACGGCGAGACGCAGAUCUACACCGUCGCACAGGCGGCCGAGGACGCGGCGCGCGGCAAGCCCGAGCUGUGCAUGGCGGGGACGGCCGAGAUCCCGCUGGCGGGGAUGAAGGCCGACACGGUGCUCGACGAGGCCGAGCUGCCCAUCAAACGGGUCGCCGCAUCGCGGUGCUACCGCGCCGAAGCCGGCGCGCGCGGCGGCGAGACCAAGGGGCUCUACCGCGUGCACGAGUUCACCAAGGUGGAGCUGUUCGCGUGGACCCCCGCGGACGAGGAUGCGACGCAGGAGAUCUUCGACGAGAUGGUCGACCUGCAGACGGAGCUGCUGGGGUCGCUGGGCCUGCACUGCCGCAUCCUGGAAAUGCCGACGGCCGACCUGGGCGCGUCGGCCACGCGCAAGUGCGACAUCGAGGCCUUCUUCCCCUCGCGCCGCGAGCGCAACGACGGCUGGGGCGAGGUGACCAGCGCGAGCAUCUGCACCGACUACCAGACGCGCCGGCUCGCCACGCGGGUCAAGCUGGCGAGCGGGAAGCUGGCGUACCCCUGGACGGUGAACGGUACGGCGCUGGCCGUGCCGCGGGUGUUGGCAGCCAUCUUGGAGAACGGCUGGGAUGAGAGCGAGAAGUCGGUCACGAUCCCCGAGGUGCUCAGACCGUGGAUGGAGGGAAGGGAGAAGAUUGGGCCGAGGCAUCGAGUAGCGCGUGGGGAGUAGUAAAUAGCCCAGUUGACCCUCUUAGUCGAUCUAGUCGUUUCUACUUCGUAUGUACAUGUACAAUACAGUACAAUUCAUUGUCAGUUGCCGCAGUGUGUUUGUCUCUGUGUGUGUGUGUGUAUGGGACGGGUUUGCCCAACUUGACGCAUAUUGGUCGUCGGAAAGCUAUGUAUGUCAUACAAAUCCCAUCAUCAUCAAGUUGACGGUGCAGCCAUAAUUACCUAUCCGCCCAGUGGU